CUAUCGUGUUACCUAGGCUUAUCGGCGCGUUCACUGACUUCACUGUUAAUCGAAUGUUCUAAAAUAAAGUGUCAUCGUUUUAAAAUUGUGCACAAUAUUGUCAAGUUUUUGAACAUUGGAAGUAUGUAUGAAAUCAUACAAGAUGAGCCGAAAGGAUAUAAUAAUUCGUGUUGUUAUUUAACACUUAAAACUGCAAAUAUUCCAGAUAGAUUUUAUAGCUUACGCGUCUCUUUGAACACAUCAACUGCAUUAGGUUAUCAUUGUGAAGGGAGCAGCUGUCACGCUUGUGAGUAGACGCCGAGUCAAAUAUACAAGCCUGAGACACAUAUUCUUACUAAACAAGGCUUUGCAAACAUGGCACGUGGGCAUCAGAAGGUUCAGUCGCAGCAGAAGAAUGCCAAGAAACAAGCAGAAAUGAAGAAGUCCAAGGGUCAUGACCAAAAGACUGCAGCCAAGGCAGCACUAGUCUUUACAUGCGCUGUGUGCAGGUCUCAGAUGCCAGACCCCAAGACCUUCAAGCAGCACUUUGAGAGCAAGCAUCCAAAAAGUCCAUUGCCCCCUGAAUUGGAGGGAGUGGAAGCUUAAACAAUUUCACCGGAUACCAAACUUGAGUUUUUUGAAUUUGUGCAUCAACACUGAUCUUGUUCUACUUUGACAACAAUGGAUGAUUGAAUAUGACGUGAUUUCCAUCGUUUAGAAUAUAAAGAGGCUUGGUUGCCUUUGGUGCAAUCUUUCUACCCUUCCAGUCCUGUUUGUGUUUGUGCUUAUAUGGAUGUGGAAGUGAAAUUGAAAUACUGGGUUGUUCAGGGAUUUUAAUGAUCUAAAUGAGUGAAAAUUUGUCUUCAGUCUUGGCAUAUAAGCAAACUCUGAAAUCACUCACUGUCCAUGGUGUCUUGCACACCCAGGAAUAAAUCUUGCUGCUAGCUGGUGUACCUCUUCAACAGAGUUCAAUUGAUUGUUUAAUUACCACUUAAAGCCAACUGGGCUGGUAAGGUAAAUGAUGUAGAGCAAAGCACAAGUUUGGAUUAUGUUGGAUUAAAUUAAAUAUGAACAAAACCUUUUUAGAGUGUUCAGAUUCGAUUUUAUAAUUGGCCUCAAUUCAGUGUCAUUUGUAAUAAGUGGGGGGCAUUUAAUUUCACCAGCCUGUCCACAAUGCUAUAUGCCCACUGUACUGCAUCUUUUCAUCAAGUUGAUUAUAAAUUUGUCAUAAAAAUGUUGGCAUUCAAGCAGCUACUUGUCCUAAAGGUAUUAAAUAAUAGUUGAUGCUUGUCAACAACAUUUUUAUGCUUAAUGAUUUUUGCGCUCUGUGAUGUAAUAUAGCAUUUUAUUAAAAUUAACUUUGUUGUA